GCGAGUUGAUCUGAAAAUAUACGUCGUGGAUGGUAGCUCGAGAAACGAGGGAGCAGCAUUUUCGUGCACGAUGUAAGAGGGCUGAUGCCAAAACGAAGAAGUCGUGUUGGAUAUCACCGGGAGGAUCCCAGACGUCUGUCUGGAGCACGCGCGCAUUCUGCAAGCUCAUCCUAGCGAUGCGACAUUCCACGCUGGUUCCGCGUAAUCAUUGACAAUUGGCAAGAUGCGAAGCGAGGUGGGCGAAUGGCUGGCUACAUGCGUAGGCUCGCCAAUAUGCAUCCUGCUGCUGUCAUGGUCCCUAUUGAUCUACCAGAAUCAAUCCUCAUCCACGAAAAGAAAGAUCGAUGUGCUGACAGUCGCGAUUCUUUCACAAAGUCUCACACAUCAAUUAGGGUUACUGCUGUAUGCGAUUCUCACGUUGAUCCGUCCAGCGAAUCAUUUUGGAGAGUUAUGCUCAACGUUGGUGUGGGUCCUAAACUCGUCGAGUAUCCUCCAGGAACUGACCUUGACGUCGAUCGCGGUGUUCGCGGCAAUCAGCAGUCGCGAUGACGUUAUCAAUCUCACGAAGAAUCAUCUGAAAUACCAUUUGGUGAGCCUGAGCGUUAUCAGCGCCUGCAUUGGUGUCACUGGCGUCCUCAACUUCGAGCCGGAGGUCUGCGUCUUCCUGGCCCACGAAAUCUCCCAUAAAUAUGGAGUCUUCGUCAACUCCCUCAGAGGUCUAUUGGCCCUCACGUCUCUUUUCGGCGUGUUGGUCGCGAUCUUUAAAACCCUUUGUCGUCCAUCGACUUCCGAACUGCUCAAGUCGGUUUCCGAUCUGUCCGAGGCGAGCUCUAAGAACUCUUCAGGAGCAUUCGAGUGUCACCCACAACACUGGGAUCCUUCAAGCGGAUCGUGCACCAGUGGCUCGACGAACAGCAGGGCGUGUUUAAGAAAGAAGAGAGUGCAGGUGGACGAGGCCAGCGGCAGAUCUACCGUUUACAGCAUACUCUUUGUCUGCUACAUCUUCGAGCAUUUACCCAUCCUGAUCAUCUCAAUUAGGCCGAGUCUUCUAAAGAACUUCUGCACCCCGCAAAAUCUGGCGACGUGGUUGCCACUGGUGAAGGAUACUCUGCUUCCGGUUUUUCUAGCUCUCUUCGACAAGAUGUUCUGCCGAUACGUGGCCAAGGUGUACACAAAGCAGGAUCACGCAAGGAGACUGUCGCACGGCGGUAUAGAUGGUAAAUUUCGACACUUCGAGCAAGAUACCGAGUACAAGCUGCAAUUGAACCUCAAUCACGGGCUGAAGUUCCCUCUGACUAACGGAAGCCUCUACGGACGGUUGCACAGCCAUCAGAACAGAGCGAAAACUGGUACGAUUACCAUGGGAAUUCAGCAACACUAUCCCAAAACGCAACCUAUAACUGAAGACAGCAGCUAUGCAUCUCUACCAGCAGAACUAUCGUCCUUCACGAGUUCGACCUUUGAACCGCGUCAGGAUAAAAUUCCUGAAUCGCCGAAGAAAAAUCCAGUGGAACAACCACCGUCGGGAUACAGCAGACGACCGAGACCAAACGAGAACGUGAACGAGCUGGCUGGUAAUCGCAGGAAGAUCGGCAGCAUUGAUGUCUUCGGGCAGAACAUGGAAAACCUAGUACAAUUGGAGGAUUCUGCGAAUAAUCGGAAAAUCAAGAAUCUAGAUGAGAUUCGCGAGGAAUCAUCCAGGAAACACGCUCGGAGCGUCCUUGGUCUGGAGAAGCUAAUUCUCGGGCUGGAAAACAGCUUUCAAGAGCAGCAUUAUUCUAGAAACAUUCUACGCAGGAAUCAAAGCUUCGACCAUGCCAGAUAUCAUCGACCUAUGCUCGACUCGAGAACUUACAAUAUAAAGAAAGACGAUCUUUCGAGAGAGAAUCUUCAUUUAAAUCUUCAAGGACGAGAUAGUCACUGCGAUGGAUAUGAUAGCUCCGAUGACGAGAGUUGUGAUCUGGAGAACGGUGAUUUCGACACAAUGAGCUCCUGCAGGAGCAGAAGCUGUUGUUCCGUUACUACGGUCGCUAAUGAUGACUUUGAAUUUUUUCAACGUAAGGGAACCAAGGUGGAGUUGCUGCCCUCGAAGCGAACCAGCGAGGUAAAGGUCAGCAUGCGAUCUUUCACGCCGCGUAUCAUAGAGAACGGUACGGAGGCUCGGGAGGACAAGAAUUGCGGUAGCAACACGAAGCUGUCCGACACGAAGCCUAGCAUACAGUCCUAUCAUCUGAAAACUAAAAGGAUCACGCCCGGUUAUUCAAUGAAUGACAUAGAUAAAUUGACAGCUAAUAAAAAGUUGCCGAAUCUCUCGAUGGAGAAUCUGAAGACCAUCCUGAAGAACUCCGACGUGAGUUACCUUGACAAUGGCGACAUAUGCAAACACGAUAUUGGCGGCUCGGUACCGGAUUUCAAAAAGAUCUUCGUCACCGAGUUUAUAUAAAAUCUGCCACAACGUUAUAUAAAGAUUGUAUCGUUCGUCCUUGUGAUGUUAGCAGCGGUAUGUCAAUAGAUAUAGAGAUUUAUUGUGCACAGUGAAAUCUACAAUCUAUACAGAUACUGGAGCGAGCCUUCUCUAGAGUCUAGACUAACGAAGCUAUAAAAAACAUAUGCAAUGGACAGAGAAGA